CAUUUAGCAGACGAUUAUGAGAUAUGUCAUUCGUAACCAAAGUUAAUGGAUCUCGCAAUCCAGAGCUACUAAUUGAAGCUUUUGACACCUGGAACAGUCAUUAUCAAGCAGUCGUCAAAGAAAAAUCUCUUCUUGCUGAGGAUUUAAGACAAGAAAAACAUGAAAAAGAAAGAUUAUUAAAAUCAAAUGAAAAGUUUCAAAAUGAAACGCACGAAAUGCAUAAAAUGAUUAAAAAGUUCCACCAACAGCUUAGUAGGUUGGCAGACAUGGAAGAUCAAAACAGAACUCUGAAAUCUGAAGUUAAAAUAAGAGAAGAAAAUAUACAAAAACUGAAUCAAAAAAUACAGGAAAAUGAGCUCAGUCACAACAAAGAACAAGGUGAUCUGAAAAGAAGUCUGGAACAAAAUUAUGAAAAUAUGAAAACACAGAUUAAAACAGAAUAUGAAUCUGAAAAAUGUCUUCUUAAAAAACAACUGGCGGACAAAGAAAAUUAUAUAUCAGAAUUAGAAAACAAAAUAAAUGAAGUACAGAAGCUUAAAGAAUCUGAACUGACCAAAAUGUCAAUAGAAUAUGAAAAUAAACUGAUUCGACUACAGCGGCAGAAGGUCCAAACACAACAUAACCCACAAAACACAGCCAGUAAUGAAAUAUUCCGCAAGAAACUGCAACACAUGAAAUGUGAAUAUGAACAGGAGAUCAAUUCACUGAAACGGACAAUCUCAAGUCUACAAGACAGAUUAUCAUUCAAUACACCUGGACAAACACUUUCUAUUGGAAGAAAACGAAAACUCUGACCAGCAAAUUAUGAAAUUUAUUAAAAAUAAAAUGUAGUAAAACAUG